AUGGGUGAGCUGGAAAACCACAACAUGGAUGCCGUGACCUAUGAUGAUGUGCAUGUCAACUUCACUCAGGAGGAGUGGGCAUUGCUGGAUCCUUCCCAAAAGAAUCUCUAUAAAGAUGUGAUGCUGGAAACAUAUAUGAACCUCACUGUUUUAGGAUACAAUUGGGACGAUCUUGAAGUUGAAGAACAUUGUCAAAGUUUUGAGCAACAUGAAAGGCAUGAAAGAAGUCAAAAGGGAGAGAAACAAUAUGAAUGCAAUCAAUGUGGUAAAGCCUUUGCACAACAUGGUAAUCUUAAAAGCCAUCAGAAAACACAUACUGGAGAGAAACCCUAUGAAUCUAAUCAGUGUGGUAAAGCCUUUGCUCGCCAGAGUGUUCUUCAAUUGCAUAAAAGAACACAUAGUGGAGAGAAACCAUAUGAAUGUGAUCAAUGUGCUAAAGCCUUUAGACAUCAUGGUAAUCUUCAAAGACAUACAAGAACACAUACUGGAGAGAAACCCUAUGAAUGUGAUCAAUGUACUAAAGCCUUUGGAAAUCAUAGUAAUCUUCAAAGGCAUACAAGAACACAUACUGGAGAAAAACCCUAUGAAUGUAAUCAGUGUGGUAAAGCCUUUGCACAAAGCAGUGCUCUUCAAUUGCAUAAAAGAACACAUACUGGAGAGAAACCCUAUGAAUGUAAUCAGUGUGGUAAAGCUUUUGCACAAAGCAGUGCUCUUCAAUUGCAUAAAAGAACACAUACUGGAGAGAAACCCUAUGAAUGUAAUCAGUGUGGUAGAGCCUUUGCACAACAUGGCCAUCUUCAAUUGCAUAAAAGAACACAUACUGGAGAGAAACCCUAUGAAUGUAAUCAGUGUGGUAAAGCCUGUGCAUAACACAGUAUUUUUCCAAUGCAUGAAAGAACACAUACUGGAGA